CAGCUGAGUGGAUGGAGAUAGUUUAAAAACUGUCUCCCUAAAAAAAAAAAUACACUGCAGAAGUCUAGGAAGUUAUACGGAUAAUAUCGACCACUGUCAAACACAUGUAUUGCAGCGGUUAUCGUUCGAGCUGAAAGUCAAUUUGCAGAGGAAAAAUCUUGAAAAGGAAUGCCAGCCCUAACAACCCCUUGAAUCUACUGCCAUCAGAGGGAGAGAGUGAGAGAAAACAGAGGGAUGGGGGAGACGGAGGACGAGCGCACGUCUCAGGCUGGCCAGCUGUUUGAGAACUUUGUGCAGGCCACCACCUGUAAAGGUACCUUACAGGCCUUCAGCAUCCUCUGCAGACAGCUUGAGCUGAACCCCGCAGACUACAGAGGUUUCUAUAGCAGUCUGAAAGCUGCAGUCACCUACUGGAAGGCUAAAGGCCUCUGGGGCAAACUGGACAAGAGAGCCAGCCACAAGGAGUACAAUAAGGGCAAAGCUUGCAUGGACACCAGGUGUUUCAUUAUUGGUGGCGGCCCCUGUGGCUUUCGGACAGCUAUAGAAUUAGCCUUGCUGGGGGCCAAGGUGGUAGUGAUUGAAAAGAGGGACACCUUCUCCAGGAACAAUGUUCUGCACCUUUGGCCUUACACCAUCCAUGACCUCAGGAACCUUGGAGCUAAGAAGUUCUAUGGGAAGUUCUGCGCCGGAUCUAUAGACCACAUCAGCAUUCGUCAGCUACAGCUCAUGCUCUUAAAGAUCGCUCUGAUUGUUGGGGUGGAGGUACAUGUCAACGUGGAGUUUGUCAAACUUCUGGAGCCGCCUGAGGACCAAGGCAGUAAUGGGUCAGGAUGGAGGGCUGAGAUCCGCCCGUCUGAUCACCCAGUCUCGGAUUAUGAAUUUGAUGUGAUAAUUGGAGCAGAUGGGAGGAGAAGCACUCUUGAUGGCUUUAAGAGGAAGGAGUUCAGAGGAAAAUUAGCCAUCGCCAUCACGGCAAACUUCGUCAAUCGCAACACCACUGCAGAGGCCAAAGUGGAGGAGAUCAGUGGCGUGGCCUUCAUCUUCAACCAGAAGUUCUUCCUGGAGCUGAAGGAGGAGACGGGGGUUGAUUUGGAAAACAUUGUCUAUUACAGGGACAACACGCACUACUUUGUCAUGACUGCAAAGAAACAAAGCUUGCUGGAUAAGGGAGUGAUCAUCAAUGACUAUAUUGAGACGGAACGGCUGUUGGCGAGUGACAAUGUGAACCAAGAAGCUUUGCUCUCAUACGCCCGUGAGGCUGCAGAUUUUGGCACAAAUUAUCAGCUGCCCUCCUUAGAUUAUGCAAUCAACCACUAUGGCCAGCCAGACGUGGCCAUGUUUGACUUCACCUGCAUGUACGCCUCCGAGAACGCAGCACUGGUGCGGGAAAAGAACGGCCAUCAGCUGCUGGUGGCACUGGUUGGGGACAGUCUGCUGGAGCCUUUCUGGCCCAUGGGCACUGGAUGUGCUCGAGGGUUUCUGGCUGCGUUUGACACAGUGUGGAUGAUAAAGGGAUGGACUCAGGGUAAAGGACCCCUUGACCUCCUGUCGGAGAGGGAGAGCAUCUAUAGACUGCUUCCUCAAACCACUGCCGAAAACAUUUCAAAGAACUUUGAGCAAUACACCAUAGACCCUGCCACCCGUUACCCUAAUCUCAACUCCACCUGUGUACGACCAAAUCAGGUACGGCAUUUGUACAUUAACGGCGAGCAGGACUCAAGUUCUCUGGAGCGCAGUGGACCCACACGCAGAUCUGUAAACAUCUCCAGAAGAGAGUCAGAGGUGCGUCCCAGUCGGCUGCUCUUGUGGUGUCAGAAACAGACCCAGGGCUACAGGGGAGUGGAUGUGACUGACCUUACGACCUCCUGGAGGAGCGGCCUAGCUCUGUGCGCCCUCAUCCACCGCCAACGACAGGACCUCAUUGAUUUUGACUCUCUGAACGAGGCAGACUGCGCUAAGAACAACCAGUUGGCGUUUGACGUGGCAGAGCGUGAGUUUGGCAUCCAGCCGGUCACCACAGGGAAGGAGAUGGAUACUGAACGGGGGCCAGACAAGCUCAUCAUGGUGCUCUAUCUUUCCAAAUUCUACGAGAUGUUCCGCAAUUUGAAUCAACCUGUUUCAGGUGUACCCAAAGAGACUGAUCCAAAUAAUGAAGCAUAUUCAGCAAAGACUGCAAACUCUGUUUACAACUCGAUAAAUCUCACACUGCCACGAAAGAGGAUCCCAAAGGUCGAUAAGAAGUUGGAAGACGAUGACUCAAACAAAAAGAGGAAGAAAGCCACCAGCCACCUGGAGGAGCUGAUGUGCAAUCAGAGUGCACCCCCUGUAGGUGAGAGAGGAGAACAGAAGGAAAAUAAGGUGCGCUCCAUGGCAACUCAACUGCUGGCCAGGUUUGAGGAAAAUGCUCCAAGCUGUGCGUUGCGCAGACAGUCUGAAUCUGAGACUGAAUCUGGCUCUGAUGCUGAAAAGCCCAUAUCACUGGACAUGACUGAAAACCCACGCUUUGCAAAACCUAAGAGCCAGCCCACAACCCCUCAUCCCCCUCCACCCAAACCAAAAUGGCAGCCAUCUCCUUAUCUAAGACUACUCGAAUCCCACACACGACAUGAAUCUCAGCACACAGAUGGCCAACACUGUGACCACCAUAUAGAGAUCCAGUCAGGUUAUGGGCAGAUGGAAAUCCAUUCAAACCACAAACAGACUGAAGUUCACCACAGUUUCAAGCUAACUGAGAUUUCCUCAAGUUAUCAAACCUGUGAGUCCCGUCCCAGAUCUCCUCACUUUCCCUUCAAAGUUCUCCAGCCGGUUUCUCAAACUCCGCCGCCUUCACGGGCUGCAGACCCAUCAGAUUCUCUCCCAUUAAUUACACCAGGCAUGGGCGGGAUGUUCCAAUGUCUGCAGAAGCUAGAAGAAGAAAUCAGCCAGAAAAAAGCACAGUCUGAAAUGACUAGACAAUUUAACAAAAAGAGCAUAAAGGAACGAGCUCAGCAACUGAGCUGCCUGUUCUCUGGCAAGCCGCCUCAACCUCAGGCAGAUGAAGCCUUUUUUGCCACUUCCUCCUCUCCUUCUAAAACUUCCUCAGAAUGCUCUACUCUCUCCUGUCUUCUGUCUCCUGUUCCUUUAGUGCAACACAAACAGUGUAAUGGAGAUUCAGAAACAGACCAGAACCAUAAUAAACAUACAGAUUGCUCUGAAAUCAGACGUGUCGAGUGCCUUGAUGCCUCCAAACAGAGAACAGUGGGGAAGGUUUCCUCUGCCAUUGGGGUUAAAGCAGCUACACUGGCAAUCUUGUAUGAAACAGAUCACAGGCCUAACAACCCGUUUACCCUCUCACUGACAGAGGCCCGAAGAUGUGCAGAAUCUGGGGUGACCAGCCUUCGGAAGGAGUUUCCUCAGGGCCUGGGUGGCAGUGACACCUGCCACUUCUGUAGGAAGCGAGUGUAUGUAAUGGAGCGACUCAGUGCGGAGGGAUACUUCUUCCACAGAGAGUGCUUCCGCUGUAACAUCUGUGGCUGUACAUUGAGACUAGGCGGCCAUGCUUUCGACUCAAAUCAAGGCACUUUUUAUUGCAAGCUGCACUUUUCUCAAUGGAAAACCAGUAGUAGGCAACGAAGAGGAGAGGUGUACGGUGGCAGCAGACCCUCAGCCAGUGCUAGUUCUGAUUACACGGCCACCUAUGGCCUCCACAGCCAGCUCUCAGGUACCCUGACUUCCCUUAUUAGGAAAAGUCUGCACUGGCCACUGCACGUGGGCCGCACACUGUUCGGUACGCCCCGCCAGCUUGCCCGCUGGAUGCAUAAGGCGACCCGGGCUGCAAGGCUGCACAUCAGAGAGCGUCAGGAGGACUAUGCCUUCCUUUAUGAGCUUCUGAGUCUGGGCAUACCCUUUAUAUAUGUGCUGCAUGAGAUGGCAGGCCAGAUUAGCCAAGAGGGGAUCGCUCUCCCCCACAGAGCAUUUUGUGACAUCACUGUGCCUCACAGAGCCGAAUCUGAUCCCAGAAUUAAGAUCGACCAGAAGGGUUUGUCUCAUCCCAGCACUUUGAAAGAGACCCUGGUGCAGGCCCUCUCUGGCUCAACAGAGAUUAUAAACAUGAGUGAAGUUAAAGAUUCAUCUCAAAAGUCAGAUAAUGCAGAGUCUGUACCUGUGUGUCCUGAAUCCCCACAGCAGAAAGUGAAACACACUGUCACCAAAGGAGAAAUUACCAACAAAAGCAACCUCUGGAAGAUGAAAAUUCAAUCCACUCUGCCCCUCAUCCUGAUUAAAAAAUUUAAUUGUGGAAAAUCAGCAGGCAAAACCGACAACCUCACAGAGGAGAAUGGUGACUCCAACUGUGAGGAGAUUCAUGAAUCUUUUUCACUGUCAAAGGCUGAAAAACAGACUACGGAGCCUCACAGCCCCCUAAAGGAAGACAAGAAGUCAACAUCCCUUGAUAAAAUCCCAAAGAUCCCACUGUAUCGUUCACAUAUUCUUCCUCAGCCUUUAAAAGCCAGCACUUCCUCUUUAGAGCAGAUUUCUAACACCACAGCUAUUCCCCUGGAGGAACUGAACUCCAGCAGUCCCAAGAAGAGGCUUGUGCUGUCUUUCUCCGAGAAGGAGAAGCUGCUCAACUGGGACUUAACCACAUCUGGGAAGUUCUCAGCCUCUGGAGAAGCCACUGCUAGAGCUGAACGGCCUGACAGCGCACCUGAGUUUCCUCAGAAAGAUCAACCAGAACCACAAGCUCCUCCAGAGCCCAGCUGUCAUCGAUAUGACCCCAGCCCACCACUCUUUGGCUUUCAACCGUGGGCCAACAGUUUCUGGAAGUUCUUCUCCAUCAAGGGGAACAAACCUGUGGUCCUCAGAAGGAACCGACCUAUGAAAGCCAGGCCAUUGUCUGAGGGGUCCUUCAACCUCAGCUCCUUGUUCGGAACCAGCUCCCAGGAAAACCAGGAUGAGGAGUCCAGCAACCAGUCUAUAGAUGAAAGUCAGUCCAGACUGAGAAGUGGAAGUGAGCUCACAACCUUACUCGAGCAGAUGUCUCUCAGUGCUAAGCCUCCCAGGGGCACCAACGAUAUGGCCUCCUUGCCACACAGGAAGCUCAAUUUCUUUUCCUCCUUACGGAUCAAGAGAAACGAAAGAGCAGAUCAGAGCAAUGGGGACAACCAGAAGGACAUCUUGACAGUACUUUCCAGGUUUAGGAGCAAAGCUUCUGCUCAGCAACAACAGCUACAGGAAUCCUACUGUUCUAGUGAAGAUGAACAGGAACCUGAUACACAAAGGGAGAAACAGGAGAAGAUUGUCAUCCAACUUACCAAAAGAGAACAGCUGAAAAGACUCCAUAGGGCUCAGAUGAUACAGAGACAGCUGGAAGAAGUUGAGGAGAAGCAGAGAGCUCUGGAGGAGAAAGGUGUGGCUCUUGAGAAGAUCCUUAGAGGAGAAACUGACGACAUCUCAUCAGAUGAGACCACGCACCUUCAAACCUGGUUCAGACUGGUCCUGGAGAAGAACAAAUUGGCCCGAUACGAGUCAGAACUCAUGAUCUUUGCUCAGGAACUGGAGUUGGAGGACACUCAAAGUCGCCUGCAGCAAGACCUGAGAUGUCGAAUGGCCACUGAAGACUGUGAAAAGAGUGCAAGUGAGCUGGCCGAGGAGCAGAGCUUGCUGGUGGAGAUCAUGAAGGUGGUGGAGAAAAGAGACAAACUGGUGAGAUUACUGGAGGAACAACGGCUGAAGGAGAAGGCUGAGGACAGAGACUUGGAUAGCAUGAUCCUCUCUAGGGGCUAUCAGUUCCACUGGACCUAAAAAAAAACUCACACUGCUUUUCAUCAUAUCUACUGGAUUAAGCAUUUUACUUGAGCAAUGUGGGUCUACUGUGGAUCUACAACCUUAAGAUGAACUACUGAAGAUUGAGAGAGAACAUUUUUUGAACUGCUGAAUCUUGAAUGCUGCCUUUUGUGUUUUUGAAAGGAAAUAAACUAAAAAAACAACAACAUGUGUCUCUUUAUUAACUGAAAAUGAGUUCAUAAAUGUUAGAUUUCAUUUAGUCAAAGUGUUCAGGCCACAGUUGAAGUAAAAGUUGCACAGCCACAGAGGUGAGGAGAAAGACUACAAAUUGUAUCCACAAUGGUGCAAUGAUAUUUGUAUAGUUAAAACUGUUUUGUGUUUGGACUUGUUUGUUUUAUCUUUCUGUGUUGUUAAAAGGUUUAAUGAUUGUCUGUUCAGUUUCACAGUGAAGAUGCUAAUAGAGGCCAAAGUUUAAUGGCAGUUUUGUGGAAAUGUUGAGUUUAUUCUUUGUUUCUCUCUUAGUCUUGCAACAAAUAGGCCUUCUUAAGUGUUCUUAAAUUGCCGUUAUUUCCAAAGAAAUA